AUGGCCUCGAACGGUACUACUCUUCCUCACGGCGCCUCCGCCCAGGCCAGCGAGGUCCAGGAGAACAAGGGCAAGGGCAAGGCUAUUGCUGAGGAGCACGUCGACACCGCCAUGGACGAGGACGAUGAUGACGAUGAUGAAGAGGAGGAGGAUGAGGCCAACGAUGCUGAAGAAGAGGAGGAGGAUAACCUCGACGAGAUUGACACCAACAACAUCAUCAACUCUGGUCGCCGAACCCGUGGACGGAUCAUCGACUUCGCCAAGGCUGCCGAGGAGAACCCCCCUGAUGACGACGAUGACGAAGAUGAUGACGAUUUUCAAGCUCCCGAUGAGGAUGUGAAGAUGGAUGGUUAA